UUCUGAUAUGGUCAAAUAUCGUCUUCUUCUUGAAUUUAGCCAUUAACUGCAGAAUUUAAGAUCUCAAUGCAUUGUAAAGCAUGUGAAAGAACUGUGGCCAAAGCCAUUUCCAAAUUCAAAGGGGUGGAGAAGUUUGUGACAGACAUGGGAAAGCACAAAGUUGUAGUGAUGGGGAAGUUUGAUCCCCAGAAAGUUAUGAAGAAACUAAGAAAAAAGACGGGAAAAGCCGUUGAGAUGGUGGUGGACAAAGGCGCAACGGCGAACGAUGCAACCGUUGUCAAGGAUUUGGAGCGAUCAGACCCGAAUAAUUUCAAUCUGUUGAUGAUGUCAAAUUGUUGCAAGGAGAGUGCUCGGUUGCUAGUUUUGUUCAGUGAUGAGAAUCCAAAUGCUUGUUGCCUUAUGUAGAGAGAGAGAGAGAUGAUUCUUAAUUCUCCUUUUUCAAAAUGUUAAGAGAGGAGAGGAUUUGAACAGCGGUAAUAAAGUCAGAAUUCAUAUAUAAGAGCAAAUAUAUCACCAACUUUUUAUUUUUGAAAUAAAACGACUGAUUUGAUCAAAAGAAUUAAAA